AAAAACGAAGUGACUUCUACGAGUCUAAAUCUAAAGAUGGUGCAUCGUAUUAAUAUUAUCAGAUCUUUGGCGAAAAGGUUCAGAAACAUAUGUGCGUGCUAUACCGUAUACACUAUCGUAUUACAUGUUUUAAAUGAACACAUAAUAUGCACUGUAUAUAAUGUGUUACAUCGAUAUACAAAAAGCACUAUCGUAUUAUAUGGUACAUUAGAAACAUGAGCUAUUCUGUUUAUUGAUGUUAAAAGAUGCAAUAUCGUGUAUUAUAUCGCAUUUCCUUAUUAAUACAAAUACGUAUAUUUCCGCAACUAGAAAUACGUUUUCGUUCUUCGGCAAUUGGUUUAGCAUUUCAGACUAAUGCCUGUUUAUAACAGAAAUUUGAAUCUUAGUUUAGCAGUAACAAUUUCUUUGUUUGUACAGAAGCCUAUAUAGCCAUGGUUCAAAACUCUUUUAUGCAAAUGUUCUGUUUAGAUUUGCUGUUUACUUUUACCGUAAUAACAGGCAGCCCGCUAACUCGGUGCGAAGAUGUGUUUUAUGCUUUAAAUUCAGAAAACACGAAUGGAUUAAUUAGUGUUCCAGAUCAACAAGACCUUACACGUUGUGCUGAAGUGGUACAAGCUAUAAAUAACAGCAGAAAGUGUUCAUUCAAUACCGCGGAAUGCACGGACGAUUGUGGACCGCUUGGCCACCAGACCGAUGAAUGGGAUUGUCCGUUCAGUUGCGAAUGUAAAUCGAGUGGUUUCAUAGAAGGAGAUAUCAAGUUUGAUAAACAAAAUAUCCCGAUGAUUAGAACGGCAUACGGAAUGAAAGGUCGGGUUGCGAUGAAAGGUGCGACCGGUGUUUUAGAUCUAUGGACCAAUAGAAUUAAUGGACGUAUCAAGGUUCCUUUCGUCAUGAGGAAUGAUACAUUAAACGCACCAGAAAUAGCAAUCAAUGAAGCAGUCGCCGCUAUAUCAGGAAGUACUUGCAUUGAUUUUAUAAACAGAACUACAGAAGUGGAUUUUAUUGAGAUUAUACCUGGAAGGGGAUGCUGGUCAUAUGUCGCUAAGAGAGGCGGUAAACAAGAACUUUCCAUUGGGCAAGGAUGCGAAUAUAGUGGAAUAGUCCAACACGAGCUUUUGCAUGCUCUUGGUUUCUGGCAUGAGCAGUCUCGACCGGACAGAGACGACUAUGUUACAAUUAAGUGGGAAAAUAUUCGCGACAGAUUCGCGCGUAAUUUCAACCAAGUGUCGACAAUUAGAUCAUUUGGUUCACCAUACGACACACAAUCGAUAAUGCAUUAUCACGGCUAUGCAUUCUCCAAGAACGGCGAGCCAACUAUUGUGCACAAAAUCUCCAAUAAACCAAUAAAAGCUCAACGUGUGGGUUUAUCACCGGAAGAUAUUUACCAAGUGAAUGCUCUGUAUUGCAACCCCGUAGUAACGGUUCCAUACACACAAGCUACAAAACCAGGUAACGGAGUCCCUACUUCCCAUAUUAUGUUCAUUGUACCGCUGACGUUUUCAUCAGUAGGGUAUAUGCUGGUAUCGUUGGUAUCAAUAUAAUUUGUGAUCCCAAUGUAAAUAUUACAUUCACGGAGUUAUUGUGGGUAGUUAUUAUAUAGUAGGGUGGGGAAAGAUGGGACACCUUUAGCAUAUAUUAUUUAAAUAUCUUAUAGAAUGAAAAUUUGUCCCAUCUUCCCCUACCACACUAUGUUAUAUUCUUUUAGUAUUUUUGCAACAUCCUGCUUCAAAUUUAUAAACAAUAUACGAGUUGUUUAAUUGUAACUACGUCAUCAUAAAUUUCGUGAAAAUGGCCAUAAUCUCAUGCUCAUGAAGUUGGACGAUUCUCAAAAGAAACUUACCAAGAAAACAAGUCUAACGAAUUGUAUUCUAUGAAAAAUAUAUUUCUCCUAAA